AUUUGAUAUCUUACUGAUCUGUUGUUUUGUACGUGUACAUUGUAGUUAUAGUUAUAUAGUUUACAUAGUCUGUUUAGCUGUAGUUUUUAGAUGUAUCACCCCGCUGCUUCACAGGUUCUGUAAAUGAGAGGAGGAUCAGUACAUGGCACACAAAUAUGCGGAGAAUCUGAACUCUAAGAACUACGUUGGUAAGAGCAGGAGGAAGCAGCUAAAUGUGGACCCCUCAGUGGACACCAGUACCCCUAGUGAUGAGCCACCCUCCACCUCCAAACCAGAGUCCACCAGUGUGUUUAAGAAACUCAAGAUCAAGAAGUCCAGGUCACCGUACAGAAGCAGACCUAUCAGUUUCACCCCCUCUUCAAGGUUUGAGAGGAGGAGCAGUGGAGAGGGUGAAGUUGUGAGAACUCCACCGUCUCCGAAGAAGAGUAAUAAAAACAAGGUCAAAGCUAGGUGGAGGAAUGUGAUGCGUAAUGGGGGUAGCAAGCGCUCUAGUAACCACAGUAACCACAGUAACCGCAGUAACCACAGUAACCAUAGUAACAACAGUAACUGUAGUAACCGGAGAAACCGUACUGAUGAACUGAUAGGGCUGCUCUUGACAGCAUCCGUUCAGAAAGCUAACACUACCCCAGAAACAAGUACACCCCAAGCUUCCUUAGGACCUGACAUUUUGAUCAGUGGGGCCCACUCUAAAAGUCUUGAUGGAAAUUUCCCUGUAUCAGAAGUGCGUGGAGAUGCGUUUGAUUUUGAGGAUCAGAUCAGUCUGGAGAAGAUCAGUCUGAGAGAGGCAGCGAGCGCUGAACGGCUGGAUCUCUCUUUAGAUGAUCUCUUCUCUGCUAUUGAUGUAUCCCCUGACAUUCCUAACACAGAGGAAUCUUCACCAGAUAAGGAAGGUACUCAUAUGUUCACCCAAACUAUAACAGAGCCCACCAACUACAAUGAAAAUGUGGAUAAAUUCAACUCAAAAGCGGAAUCCUCGGAUACAGGAGUACAAACGGAUCUCGUUCAAUUUCAAAAAGACGUGGAAUCUACUCCAGCAGAAAUAGUUCCUGUAGAAGAUCCGAAGAAAUGUGUUCAGUCCUUUACUCAAACUGAAUCUUUGGAACAACAGAGCUUUCCUAACGAGGAACUGUACAAACUGGAUAUUCCAUCUCAGUCACUCAUCAACAAAUCUAACGCUCAUAUUCAAACUCAGGAAAUUGAAAUUGAAACGAAGGAGAGUUCAACAGAAACCUUGGAACCCUCUCCAGCUGUGAUUGAAACAAGUUUUGCCGAGACAAGUUUUGCCGAGACCCAUUUCGUGAAUGUCGGGCUCGACCCUAUUGAAGAAAUUCUUAUAAAUGGUGAGUUGAAGGAGACCAAACCUAUUCAAAGGAAUGUGAGUGUCGGACUUGAUCCGGUUCAGGAAAUUCUCAUAAAUGGUGACUUGAAAGAGACAGAACUAUAUCAGAAAAACGUUAGCGUGAGUGUUGGGCUUGACCCCGUUCAAGAAAUUCUCAUAAAUGGUGACUUGAAGGAGACAGAACCUUGUCAGAAAAAUGUUAGCGUGAGUGUUGGGCUUGACCCCGUUCAAGAAAUUCUCAUAAAUGGUGACUUGAAAGAGACAAAACCUUGUCAGAAAAAUGUUAGCGUGAGUGUUGGGCUUGACCCCGUUCAAGAAAUUCUCAUAAAUGGUGACUUGAAAGAGACAGAACCUUGUCAGAAAGUUGCAAGUUCUGAAACUUCAAAAACUUCAGAGUUGGACCUUUCAGAGAAAGCUUUAUUGAACGGCAAAGGUCAGGUUAGUGUGCAACUAAAAUCCGAAAAAUCAGAAGAGGAAGAAACCCGAAUACUUCUCAGCGGGCUCAGUGAGAAGGUCUCAAAGGGGGAUGAUAGUGGACGUAAAGAGCCUUCAAUAAAGACUGACUUGAAAGAUACUGCAAAGGUAACUGAGAUAACUCUCUCUGAACCCCAACAAACAGUGGACUCCAACAUCGAGACUGAAGAUGAGAAAUCAGUGAAGAGAAAGAGUGUUCUCGCGAAAGUACCGAAGAAUCUAGGAAGAUGGGGCAGAGCGCUGAAAGGAGCCAAAGAUUCCGGACUAGUGAGGACGGAUAGUAGUGACAGUAUUGUACAAGCAAUGCACGAUUCAACUCCAGAGAAACUCAUAGACCUCAUCAAGAAUCACCCUACUUGUAAGACGUAUGUAGCGGCUAAGACAAGGUUCAAGACGGUUGAUAAGAUGUGGCUGUUCUCUUUUCUUGAAUGUGACGGACUCUCUGUUAUAUUCGACACUUUGCAUACUCUUGCAAAGCAAAAGAAUUUCCGGAUUUCCGACGCCAUGGUGCAACUUGAGUGUGUAUCUCUAAUAAAGACAGUUCUCAACAGCAAAACAGGACUCGAGUUCUUCUUGGAGAGGGAGGAAUACAUCGCCAAAUUCGCACAUGCUCUUACCACUAAGAACGUCAUGGUAAAGAAGCAGAUAUUUGAGCUGCUCAGUGCUCUGUGUUACAACUCCCAGAGGGGCUAUGACAUGGCUUUGGAGGCGCUGCAGAUAGCCAAGAACCAGAAGGGGCUGAAGAACAGAUACAACCUGCUUGUGAGUGAGCUAAAGCUCUCGGAAAUACCGGACUACAGUGCAACCAUCAUGGCUUUCAUCAAUACUAUCCUCGUCAGUACGGAUACUAGGGAUGAGAGGAACAGCAUCAGAAACCAACUAUCUACGAUUCAGUUGCCAGAGCUGGUGGAGCAGUUGAGAUGCAAGGAAACAGAUGAUGACCUGCUGAUCCAGCUAGAUACGUAUCUUGACCACAUCGCUCAGGAUGGCCAGGAGGACGAGGACUGUGCUUCAGACGUGGACAUGGACAGUCCUGAGUUUCUCUUCUCUCAGAUAUUCUCUAAGAUGUGCAAUCUGCCGGAAUGCGAGAAUCUCAUCACAACUCUACAGAACCUGAUGGUUAUAGAACCAGACAGUAAACACUUCACUGCAACCUGGCAGUGUCUAGAGCAACUCACUAAUCGGGCUAUUUUAAAUGCAGAGCAACUAGACUCUAACAUGAAUAUUCAGAUAGAAACCAGUAAUCGGUCAGUCGGUACUGAACCAAAACUUUAUUCAGACGUUUCAGUGCAGACUGAGGUUUUGCCAGAACCUCCUGAGAUUAAACCCACUUCAGAAAUAUGUCAUAAAUGUAAGAACUCAAUAAACGGUCAAAGUUAUGUAAUACCAGACAGCUUACAAAGGACACCAAACGCACCACCUGCGCCUAAAGCGCCGCCGGCCCCUCCAGUGCCUGGUGCGCCGCCUGCCCCUCCGGCACCUAGAGCGCCUCCAGCACCUAGAGCACCUCCAGCACCACGAGUUCCUGGUGCACCGCCCGCCCCUCCUGCUCCCAGAGCGCCUCCUGCUCCACCAGUUCCUGGUGCACCGCCCGCCCCUCCUGCACCAAAAGCUCCUCCAGCACCAAGAGCCCCAGGUGCACCGCCCGCCCCUCCUGCACCAAGAGCUCCUCCAGCACCAAGAGCCCCAGGUGCACCGCCUGCCCCUCCUGCACCAAGAGCUCCUCCAGCACCAAGAGCCCCAGGUGCCCCACCAGCUCCUCCAGCACCAAGAGCCCCAGGUGCUCCACCAGCUCCUCCAGCACCAAGAGCCCCAGGUGCUCCACCAGCACCUCCAGCACCAAGAGCCCCAGGUGCUCCACCAGCACCAAGAGCCCCAGGUGCUCCACCAGCACCAAGAGCCCCAGGUGCACCUCCAGCGCCUGGUGCACCUAGAGCGCCGAGAGCUCCAGGUGCACCUCCUGCUCCCCCUGGUGCUCCUAGACCCCCUGGUGCUCCUAGACCCCCUGGUGCACCAAGAGCUCCUGGUGCUCCUGGCGCUCCCAAAGCUAAUGGUGGCCCCCCUCCUGUCGUCGCCCGUAAACCUGCUAAGAAAAUGAGACUUGUUGCUUGGGAGAAAAUUAAAGUAGGGGAACUAAAGAAGUCAUCAGGAAACCUAUGGGAGACGUAUGCUAAUACUCCUUUAGAUAUCAAUCUUAUAGACUUUGAUCAAUUGGAGGAAAUGUUUGCUCAGCCAGAAAAGAAAGCGAAAGGAACUGAGAAAAAAGAGGAACCCAAGAAGAAGGGACCUGUUCUCAUAUCCCUCAUUGAUCCUAAAAAUUCUCUCGGCAUAAACCUCAUCACCAAAAACUUGCGGAUGCCGUUCCCCGACAUCGGAGUGGCGAUAACGGGAUGUGAUACAAACAAGCUGAACAAUGACCAGGUGGCUGGUCUACUAAAGAUCCUCCCUGACAAAGAAGACAUUAAGGCUAUGAACGGUUACAGUGGGGAUCCCGCUUUACUGGCGGAGGCUGAGCGAUUCUACGUUACUCUACUCAAGGUCCCAGAGUACGCCCUGAGACUCGAUUGCAUGAAAUUCAGCUACGAGUUCAAACCGCUCACUGAUGUUCUGGGAAAGAGAAUUGAUGACUGUCUCAAAGCUGGAAAUGCCAUUCUUGAGUCUGCUGAAGUAAAAGAACUGCUGCACAUCAUGCUGGUGGUUGGUAACUUCAUCAACACCGGGGGAUACGCGGGAAAUGCAGCAGGUUUCAAGCUGUCGCUCCUGACUAAGGUGCACGAAAUAAAGAGCAACAAGCCGCGCAUGACAAUGAUGCACGUGUUGGUGGAGUCUAUAGAGAAGAACAAACCUGAGCUGCUUCAUUUCUACAAGAAGUUUGAGAACAUCACCCAGAUCGCAAAAAUUGACAACGCUGAAAAUGAGAAGGAACACCGAGAACUGAAAAAAGUGCUGGAAGAUAUCAAAGGAAGAAUGAAGAAACUGGACCAAGCUUCUAUAGACAAAUUCUCGGAUAUCAUAAAGGAAGCGACUGAAUUUUGUGAUACAGCCAAGAAAGGUAUAGAUGAAAUAAACGGUUUGGAGGCCAAGUACAUUAAGUUCUUUGUUCUGGACAAGAAGAAUUACUCCCUACAAGAGUGUUUAAGAGUGUUUGGUAUUUUCUGUGACAAGUUCAAGGCUGCUAUAGGGGAGAAUGAGAAGAGACGCCUGCAGGAAGCAAGACUUGCUAAGAGAAAAGAGGACAUGGCGAAGAGAGAAACAUUGCCCCGAGCGAAGAAGAAGGGAAUGCCUCCUCCUGAGGAGGAGUGUGUUAUCGACACCUUACUUAAUGAGAUUAGAGGGGGACUGAAGUUGCGGAAGUCGAAGAGCGUAGGUCCCGCAGAGUCUAAGUCUCUAACCAGAAACAGCAGUAUAAAGAAGAGCAACCAGGAGUCUGCCGAGAAGUGGAGGAAAACCAAGAUAGCCAUGAGCGCGGCCGCGGCAGCAAAAGGACUUCCAAUAAAGAGCCCGCCGGAGGUCAAACCAGUAAACGGUUCUUUGGAUCUAUCGCAGAUAAACGUGGAAGUGAAAACGUGACAUCCACUGUGACAGAAAGUCACGUGACAUUCAACUGUGACAGAAAGACUUUCUGUGAACUUUUAUUUUAGUUCGGAUAAUUUAAUUUUAAUUUGAAGACGGUGAGACCACAGUCCCGGUGUACAAAGAUAGUUUUAUAGAGUUUUUAUAUUAGGCAGAGUUAAAUAGUUUAUUGUAUAGUGUAUAGUGCACAUAUAACUCUGAACACUGCAAAAUGUACACUGUGCACGUAUCACGCACUGUGCGCGGUACACUGAUUAAACUGAUACUGUACAAGGUACAGCGAUUAAUGAACAAUACGAUUGUGAAAGGACAAUGUUCAAGUCUCUGUGAGAUAUGUUUUCACUAACAAGUCAGUUCUUUAAUAGUAAUACACGUGGUAAGUUGUCAUACGUUGUAUGACCCGCCGCGCACGAGUGCGCGGCUCCCCCUGUAUCGUAGAAACUCUAUAGUGGAACGACCGUGGGGGUCACGACGUGAUACAAGUGGUAAGGGGAGUGGCGAAGAGGUUUUUAUUUGUAGUUUUAUUGACCGUCACUUGUCGUGGAUAAGUCUCAAAAAUAAAGUACAUAAUUAUCAUAUUAAGUAAAAAGCAGAUUCACCUCUUACCAAGUAAAAGGGUUCCAAGGGUUCAGAGGAAGACUUACGCA